UUUUGAGCAAGAAUGAAUUUUGUAAAUUGAAUUUUAUUGAGUUUAUUAUGAAAAUAACAUUUUUAUAAAUUCUAUUUGUCACUACGAUUAGGGUUGCCGUUCUGGCACGGUCCAAAAGUUCGAGCAGGGCAUCGAAUUUUGGCCCUAAAAAGACUCGAUUGGGCCGGCCUGAUAAAAAUGAGGCCCGAAAAAAAUGACUAGAACAUCGGCCCGACUCGAAAACGGCAAACUAAUCACGAGCUUUAUUAAAACAAAUUAAUUUUUUUAUUAAUUUAAAAAUAGGAUAAAAUAAAUUUAAUGUUGGAAGAACGUAAAGAAUAUAUUCAACAACAAAUUGAUAGUUUGGGGGAGAAAAUAAUUUGUUUGGAGGCUGAAAUGAAAGACCUUCGAGCAAUUCUUUAUGCAAAAUUUGGUGAUAAUAUUCAAUUGGAAGAUGAACAGAAUAAUGGGGAAUAA